AUGCCGAUACCAGUACCACAGCCGGCCUACUCCCAGGCCAGGGAGAACCUUGUGAAGGCUAUCCCACCCAAGCUCCUGUGUCUGCUGGCCUGUGGAGGAAUUGACUGCCGCUAUGAAGGACCAGCAUGUUGGAAAUUAAAUCAACAGGUCAUUCGAGGCCUUUUUUCCUCCUGGGUGACAGAUGACAUUAUUGCCAUGGCACGACCAUCCAAUCAUCUAAUUGAGAAGUACAACAUCAUAGAACAAUUUCGAAGGUUGAACAUCAGAUCGAUCAUCAACAUGCAGCUAUCUGGAGAGCAUGCUCACUGUGGACCUCCCCUAGACCCUGAAAGUGGUUUCACAUAUUCUCCACAGAUCUUCAUGGACAAUGACAUUUACUUUUACAACUUUGGGAUGCCAGAUUUCGGUGUGUCCUCUCUUGUCGGAAUAAUUGAUGGAGUGAAAGUUUUGGCCUUUGCAGUGAGCGAAGGAAGAGUGGCUGUGCACUGCCAUGCAGGCCUGGGCAGGACAGGUGUCUUGAUAGCCUGUUACUUGAUUUACACCCUGCGCAUUAGCCCGAGUGAAGCUGUCCACUAUGUACGGAUUAAACGGCCACGCUCGAUCCAAACCCGAGCACAGCUCAGCCAGGUGUUUGACUUUGCUCGCCUGCUUGGCACACAGCAAGUCCAAUACCCAGACCUCAGCCUGCGGCACGGAGCCCCUUUCACACUGCAGCACUACCUAAACCGACAAGCGAUACUGCUGCAUGGCCAAGAGGCACGCACCCUCAGACAAACACCCAAGGUGGUGUACCUCCUGUGUGUGCGUCUCUCCUGCUUAGCCCUGGGUCUCCCUGCUCCUCCAGGGAUCCAGGCUGAGCUGGAGAAGAGGUCAGCACUGAGGACCCUGAACAGGACUGUGAGGGAGACCCUGGUGGCCAAACAGUACUUGCCCUUACUGAGGGAGGGCCACAAGGGGCCGUGGGUGACCUCAGGGUCGGUGUCCUCCUGGGACGAGCCACUGGGAUUCUUGGAGAGAAAGAGAGAGGUGCUGCUGGACAAACGCAGCUACAGCGACUCUGAUCUCAGCAAGAUCACAGUACAUCAGGAUCUGGACUUGAGUCCAUACUGCACCCCAGCACUUGGAAAUGAGAGACAGUGGUGUGUGCAGGAUCUGAUACGACCUGAUCUGAGACCAGGUAGUCCGAUCCUUGCCACCGUAUCACCAGGCCACCAGACUACCAAAAAGGAAUCUCAUACACUUAACAUCCCAAUAUCUAGCAUGACAACAAGCAACAACGGUGCUAAGAGAUCAAAGUGCACAGCGAAAAAGGCACUUGCCAAAUACAGCUCCAACAUUGAGUUGUGCAGAAAUCCACAUAAUCCAGGCCCAACCUCAGUUGCCCGUGCUGUUGCUAAUGCAAUGGCAGAUUUUGGUCCUCCAGGAGAAACCAUCCUUCAAAGAUCGGCUCUGCUGCAGGAGGAACUGAACAGUAGCGACUGUGGCUGGGCUCUGCUGGUCACCGAGUCAGAUCCUCAGGUUCUCAGUUGUCUGUUGUGGACCUGGCUGGACAAGUUAAAGGAGCCUGUUCUGGGUGCAGAGGAUGUAGACAGGUUGAGCUGUGGCACAAACAACAGGAAGCCUCUCAAUGUGCUCAAGAAGCCACAAAGACACACUAUCUAUUGUCUACUGAGCUGUGUGAGCACAGUGACCAGCCUGUGUCCACACAGAGAGGAUGCAAUGCUGCAACAACUGAUGAAGGCACUUACAAGGCGUCCACAGGAGGAAAUGAGAAGCCUUGCAACUUUAAUGAAGGUCCUGAAGUCGAGUUUGAGAGAAACCUUCCACAACUAAAUCUACCUCCCGAGGGCCUCAGGCACCAAUGCUACACUUUGAAGAGCGGAAUCCAUAUUGGAACAAUUUCUAACAGAGCAUUUUUUAUUU